GGCCUUUAGUACACCCCCACGUUAGCGAGUAUUCCAUCGAGUACUACUAUACUACUCGAAAAUCUACUUUCAUAUAUUUCAUCAUUAUGGCGAGUAGAAAAAAACCUCGGGAGAGAUAUUUGAGUUACAAGGUUCCACAGGUGAUAGAGUUUAAUUUCUACAACUAUGCUUGCAAUAUGAAAAGACGUACGGCAGUAUGUUUAUCUUGCGAUAAAGGGAUCUCAGAUGCCCCGAAUACAACGUCCAAUUUUGUGAAGCACUUGAAACAGCACGUAGAGCGCUACCAAGCAUACCUAGCGAGCAAGAAUCAGAAGCCCCCACCCCGCCGACCUGUCCCGCCACCAGUUCCCCCACCACCUCCACCCCAAGACAUCGACUACGCCGCAAUGUUCCGCGAGGCACAGCCGGUACCAGUAGCACGAUCGACGACAGUGGAACGACCCUCUACGGUGCAGGUGACGAUAGAGAGACCGAGAGAGUUAACGGCCGAGAGCAUCGCCUAUGCCUUUCCAAUGGCCGAAGCGGAUGAUGAUAACGAUAACUUCUCCCUUGCAUCUUCAGAUGAUUGCAUCAUACAGUAUAUGAGCGGUUUUGGCAAUGAGUUUGCAACAGAAGACCCACGUUGUCCAGGAGCCCUGCCAGAGGGUCAGAACAACCCUCAGAAAUGCCCAUAUGACAUGUACGCUGAGCAGCUGAGUGGGACGGCCUUCACGGCUCCCCGGGCCCAUAACAAGAGAUCCUGGCUCUAUCGCAUCCGCCCAUCCGUUCUCCACACUCCAUUCAAACCCAUCAAUAAUGGGAACAUGACUAAUAACUGGGAUAGCUGGCCACCAAAUCCUAACCAGCUGCGCUGGCGUCCCUUUGACAUGCCUGGUGAAGGCGCAGCAGAGGUAGAUUUUGUUCAGGGGCUGAGUACAGUUUGCGGAGCGGGAGACACUCGGAGUAGACAUGGUGCAGCUAUACACAUCUAUGCAUGCAACUCAUCCAUGUCAGAAAAGAGUUUCUACAACUCUGAUGGGGACUUUCUCAUAGUCCCUCAGCAAGGAGAGCUUCUCAUCUAUACAGAAUUUGGAAAGAUGCUAGUCAACCCUAAUGAAAUCUGCGUUAUUCAGCAAGGAAUGAAGUUCAGUGUGUUUGUAAAUGGACCUUCCAGAGGCUACGUUCUUGAAGUCUUUGACGGUCACUUCACCCUACCUGACCUGGGUCCCAUAGGAGCAAACGGACUUGCCAACCCCCGUGACUUCCUGACCCCUAUGGCCUGGUUUGAGGAUCGUCCAAGCGACUACACCAUGAUCAGUAAGUUUCAGGGCAAGCUCUUUGCUGCCGGUCAGAGGCAUUCACCCUACGACGUUGCAGCCUGGCACGGCAACUACCACCCCUACAAGUACGACUUGGAGAAGUUCAUGGUCAUCAAUGCAGUUGCCUUUGAUCAUGCAGACCCUUCUAUCUUCACCGUCCUAACCUGCCAGUCUAACAAGCCAGGUACUGCCAUCGCUGACUUUGUCAUCUUCCCCCCUCGUUGGUCCGUUCAGGAGCGUACCUUCCGCCCACCUUACUACCACAGAAACUGCAUGAGUGAAUUCAUGGGUCUCAUCAAAGGAAAAUAUGAAGCUAAGGAGGAAGGUUUUCAACCAGGCGGUGCUUCCCUGCACAGUAUGAUGACUCCUCAUGGUCCAGAUGCUACAUGCUUUGAGAAUGCUUCUAAUGCCCCUCUGAAAGCAGAACGGAUUGCUGAUGGGACCAUGGCGUUCAUGUUUGAGUCUUGUCUGAGCUUAGCCCUGACGGAGUGGGGAGAUAAGACAUGCCAGAAAGUGGACCCUAGCUAUUACGAGGUUUGGCAGCCGCUUCAGAAACGUUUCAAGGCAGAAGAUGGCCAAGCGAUGGCGUAAUACAGCUCCAAAUCGUAGAUUCUUCAGCAAUAUUGAUUCUGUUGCAGCUUCUGUCUUAAUUGCAGUCACACGGCAGCUUACAUCAUUCGUUUCCUUGAAUAUUUGAAAGGCUUUAAAGUGUACCAAUCAUCAAGAAGUAUUUUUUGCUCUGCAAGUUAAAGGUUUCUCAUCGCUAUACUACAUGUACAUGUAUAUUCAAGAUAAGCGCUCCAAAUAUAAUUUCUAUAGAGUGAUAAUGAAAGUUUAAAAGUAAAGACCAGUUUUGGAAACGUCCCCCUCUCAAAAAUGAAAUGGAAGCUCUUAUUACCAAUCAUGUGAAAGAAUAUGUUGUGACUAUUACGUGAUCAUACAAAUUUUGCAGAGAAACUGC